GUGAGUUGCGACGUUAAGCUUGCGUGUACCACUGUUGCAAUGGUUGCUGGUCGUGCGUUGCGACGGAGCUUGCGACGUUGUUAGCGGCCGUGUGUCGGCGCCGUUGCAAUGGGUUGACCUUAAGCUGCUUGGGUCGUUGAGCGCUUGUGGAGUGUGUACAGAGAGGAGGGGUAGGCGUUAAGCGAGUGAGUGGCGAGAGGAUUGGAGUGAGAGGCGACUGCCUGAGGCAGUUUACUGAAGGAUAGGGUAUCUCGGUGCGGUUGCUUUGCUGCAUCGCCUACGGUUGGAGCCCGGAGGCGCUUCCUGGGCAACCUUAGGGCACGAGAAAUGCCUGCGAACAUGACUACUUGACUAGUAUGUAGAAUCGUAGGUUUAGGAGCCUUGACAGAUGUGGACUGACGUCUCCUCCCAGGGGUAAGACGCAGUUGAAAUUGAUACCCAGAACUCAAUAAGGGUUUGUGUUGCGGCUGUUGCGGCUGGGAUGGCUUGGCAGGGCGUUGCGGGCGGUCAGGCGUCCCCAAGGUGUGUACAGGCACCACUAUCGUGUGUAGUUGAGUAGAACAAGAGCAAGCAAAGGCAACUUUAUGUACUGCUUUGUUCUGUUUCUUGACAGCGCAGUCCUUGACAGCGCACUGCCGCCUUUCUUGGAAGCGCAGGAACGGAUGCAGCUGCUUAGCAUGCUGGGGACCCGCGUUGGAGCAAUGGGUCGCAUGGAACCCGUAUGGGAGCCAGAACAAGGGCGCGGUUGGCUUGGCAACAGCCUUGAAGGACAGGGCUGCGGUUGAGGACGGGUGUAGCUUGGUGGGCAAGCGGCUAUGGAGCUCCAGGUGCAGGGGUUCUAGGCACUGGUCCUGAUACAGGAUGUACCCUUGGAAAUUGGGCUGAUGUGGCUUUUAAUGACAUUUAGGUGAAUAGGCACUGGGCUGCGUGGAUAGCUUAGAAGUGGAUGGGCCUUAGCUUGAACCGUCGGACUUCCCAAGGUCACGGUACGGUAUCAUGGCGGAAUGGCUGCCUUCCAAAGCAUCUUUGGCUAUAGCCAUAAAGAGGCUUGUAGGGCUGGCAGUUCAGCUUAGCCGACGCUUAAACGUAUGAUAGCAUGCUACUUAUGCUAGUAUGCUACGCCUUGCUCAUUGAGGCACCGAAACCAGCUGAGAGCUGACUCAAGUGCGUCCGCUGGCCCGGAAUUGCAUAUUUAAAGUCUUCCAGGGGACGCGUUGUGCUUACUGUCUACCUUAACGUUGCAUGCUUGCUGCCCGGGGUUAUUUCUCAAACUACUCAGCACUUGCCCAAUCCUCAAUACUCUUACGGUACCCGGCAUGUUUACGUUAAAUGGUUCGUAGAUAUGUAGAAACCGACGCAGGUCUGGAUGUUUCGUGACUGAGACUGAAAAUCAGUGGAAGAAAUGGCUACAUACGCGCAAGAACUUUUCCAGCAGUUCAGGGCCCCAUCUCCCGGGACUUCGGACACGUCAUUGCAAUUCUUCAGCGAAUAUCUCCGGCCUGGCGCUGCGGACAGCGACGUUGGCUGGCAUGGGUGUUCUGCGCAUGCGAACGGAGAAUCAUCAAGCUCACAGCUAGCUGGGCAUGGGUUUGCAACUGCUGCCGGCGCAGUCAUGCCGUUUGCCUUUCAACCACGCUUGGUCGUCCAGCAGCCAGCGACAGUUCCACCUCUUACCGGCCAUUACCAGGCACAACCAGAUUUCCCCAUUGUGCUGGGAGCCGAUGCAGUACAGCACUCUUCGCAGGCACCAGCAUUCUCUCUGGGGCCAGGAUUUGCCACAUCUCCAACUUCCCUUGAGGACCGGCCGCCCUCCCCAGCAGCACUGCGUCGUCGUGGACGGAGGCCCAAGCCCCGACUACCAGACCUGCAGCAGAAGCUGGAGGCUCUCACGGAGCAGUUCAACCAACUAAGUCACGAAAACGUCUUCAUGCGAAGCAAGCUCAAGAUUCUGGAGCGCAUGGUGCCAUUGUGGGACCAGAGGGCUGGACUCCUCCGGAAACUGCUUUCAUCGGCGCAAGAGCAGGCGCCACAGGCGGAGGCAGCAGCUCCAGCAGCACCAGCAGCAGCAGCAGCUGGAUACGGGGCGACAUCCCAUCCCGUGCUGCAGUCAUGGGAUCAGACGUCCGUCAGGGAUCAGCUCGCCGGGUCAGAAGUCUGCCCCUCAACAGCGGUUGCGCGAUCGGUGUUGCAUCCACAACGGGCGGGCAUUCGCGUAGGCACGGGCAUCAAGCUGCACCGUGCUUACACCACUGCGGCUAAGACCUUCCUGGAUCCAAACCCUCACAAGGGGGCGCGCAAGGGGGCGGCGGGGUUGCCUCCACUGGUGGCCAUGUUCCCGGGCCCGGACGACGAGUUGCCACCCAUGUCUCCGGAGGUGAUUCGGCAUCUGAGCAACGUCACAAAGGAGGACUUUUGCAUGCUUUGGAGGCAGAUAUGCACGCAGUUUGGGGUGCUGCUUGUGGGCGCGGAGAUGCACGGAGUUGGCAGCCCUCCUUACCAGCGCUUCGAGCGCUACUACCAGAACAUGCUUACGUACAUGGACAAGAUUAUGCUGCUGACACCCACGUGCUUCUUGAGCUGCAUGUACAUGAACGUGGAGACGGGGCUGCAUGAGCGGCCGAACGACCAAUUUUGGGUGUCAUGCGCCCGCGCCCUGCAGCUUAACCCGCAGCAGCUGCGUGACGUGGCCUCUCUUGCCACCAUGUACGAACGCAACAUGGCGCCGAUGGUGCAGCAGCGGCAGCAGCUGGCGGCGCAGCUGUCGACGGGGCUGGCGGAGGCGGCGAGCGUGUCUGCGUGCCGCAGGGGCUUAGAGUCUCGGAUUGAGGUGGACGAGUUGGCAAGGCAGCUGGAGCGCAACACCCUCAAGGAGAAGCUGAAGCACCAAAACGUGUCGGACUUCUUGUGCUCAAGCCUGCUGACGCCCUUGCAACUGGCCAAGUUGAUCGUCGGGGCUUACCCCUACAUCCUCGACCCAAUAGCGCUGCUGCACGCCUUCAUAACGCUAGGCGGCAGCGGCGCAAACCAGCAGCUGCAGCAGGCGCAAUGAGGUCCGAUGUGCGCUGCCGCAGCCACCCCCGGGGCGCUCCCUCAGUGGGUGGCCCGGCUGCUGCCCCGGUGGCCCGGCCCCUGCUGCUGCUGUUUCUGCUGCAGACCUGGUUGCGAGUUUGCGUGCGGCGCAGGGAGCAGCAGCGCUCCAGUCGGCAGUCCGACAGGUGCUGACGGGCCCGAUGCAUGCGCCACAGCCGACCCACAUGCGGGGUGCUUUCUUCGGUGCAGCGCAGUAGCAGGUGCAGGGGAGGCGGCGCGGCGGCGGUGAUGGCUGUGGGGGGCAUGCAGGCGGGCUUGUGGGCCCUGGCACCCUUGGCUGUGAGUUGCGAUGUCUGAGGUCUGGCAGUGUUAGCGGGUGUGUACCGCCGUUGCAAGGGGCUGCUGGUGCGUUGCGCUAGGGAAGGGAAGUACGGUAUGUAGAGUGACUGAGUGAGGUCUGAGCGUUGAACGGACUGCUGCUUGUAGCUUUAAAUGUGAGGGUCAUUGUAUAUCACUGCGUCCCUUACAUUGCUGACGUUUUCGGCUUCUUGUGCUCCUAAGUCCUAGCCGAAUGACAUUGAAAGAUCCUUCCUAAGAAGAUGAAAGUUAUAUGCUGGGGGGUUGAAUGUAUGAUUGUUCCUGAAAGGGAACGCGGGUGAUUGCCUAUCUGAUUGGUUGUAGCCAGGUCCUACUGGCAACUGGUGUCCGGAACCCAACCAUGUACUCUUUGGUAAUGGUAUGGCCUAGCGUCACAGGUGAUUCAGUGCGAUGCGGCGUAGCAACACUAUUUCCUGAGAACCAUUUUGGCAGCUUAGCAGGCUUGGAAGGUUGAAGAGAUUGUGAACUGUGGAUAAGUACUGGUUCCAAAACUUAGGGUGGCAGGUUGCGAGGCUGAUGCGAGGCUAGGGAGGUGAGUAGGCUGCCGCUGGCGUGUGCGUGGGAGGAGGUGGCGGGAUUCCAGCCGGCGGCUGCGGGGCUGCCUGAGGGGGCGGAGCAGCUGCACAGGAGGUGUGUUGCUAGCGGCUUUGGGCUUGGAGUGCAUCCUAAUCUGGUGCCUACCAGCUCGGACCUUCAAUGAAAAAGGCUAAGCUUAUAGCUUGAUUACCGUGAGUUCGUUGCAAGGGGAAAACUCUGAUGGCUUCAUAUACCUUGUUUGACUACCGGUACUGAGCGCUUGAUGGCGAUAUGCGGACGCAUAUCUCGUAAUUUGUCCGGGGGGAUGACUCGGGGGAUGAUAAAAAGCACGUUAGGCC